GCCACUGCCGACAUUGUUACUCCGAGUCAGGCACCACCCGUCUGGCGCGUCCUGGGGUUCUAGGGCCUAGUGCCCGGCGAAGCUUGUCCUGACAGCCGGGGCCCAUGUGCUCCCCGUCAAGUAUGCACCGGCGGCGGGGGCCGAGAGGUGGGGUGCGAGUCUCCGGGAGGGAGCGGACAGGUGACCGCUGAGCUCAAGCACUUGAAGGGCAGCGGGGCUGUGAAGUCCCUGGCCCAGCUUCGGUGCUUCCCGAAGGAGCCGUCGCCGCGUGUCCCCCUUCCCCUAGCCCCGCUGCCGUCCUUGCAUCGGUUCCCAGAUGGGGAAAUGAGAUACAGAGAAGUUAAAUAACUUGCCCAAGAUCACACAGCUAAGAGUCUUGAUGCUGGCCUGGAGCAGAAACUGAGCUGGACCACUGGAGUCUCGGGUGAUGAGGGCAAUGGCAUUGCUGCUGUGGGCCUUGACCCUCCUGGGCCUGUUAGGCACAGGCAUGGGCCUGCGGUCCCGCCAGCUGGACAUCUUCCGCAGCGAGACAGAACUGAACCACCUGGCUGUGGACAAGGCCUCAGGUGUCGUGUAUGUGGGGGCAGUAAACACGCUCUAUCAGCUGAGCGCUGACCUGCAGCUGGAGCAGCAGGUGGCCACAGGCCCAGCCCUAGAUAACAAGAAGUGCACGCCACCUAUCGAGGCCAGCCAGUGCCACGACGCCGUACAAACCAACAAUGUCAACCAGCUGCUACUGCUUGACCCACCCAGGAGGCGACUAGUUGAGUGCGGCAGCCUCUUCAAGGGCAUCUGUGCCCUGCGCGCCCUGAGCAACAUCUCCACGCGUCUUUUCUAUGAGGAUGGCAGCGGCGAGAAGUCUUUUGUGGCCAGCAAUGAUGAGGGCGUGGCCACAGUGGGGCUGGUGAGCUCCACGGGCCCUGGCAGUGAGCGCGUACUGUUUGUGGGCAAAGGCAACGGGCCACAUGACAACGGCAUCAUUGUGAGCACACGCCUGCUGGACCGGGCUGAUGGCAGGGAGGCCUUUGAGGCCUACACUGACCAUGCCACCUACAAGGCUGGUUACCUGUCCACCAACACACAGCAGUUUGUGGCUGCCUUUGAGGAUGACCGAUACGUCUUCUUUGUCUUCAACCAGCAGGACAAGCACCCGGCCCGGAACCGCACACUGCUGGCGCGCAUGUGCAAGCAGGACCCCUAUUACUACUCCUACCUGGAGAUGGACCUGCAGUGCCAGGAGCCCAGCAAUGCCCCUGAUGCUGCCUUUGGCACCUGCCUGGCGGCUUCUGUGGCCACACCAGGUGCUGGCCGGGUGCUCUAUGCUGUCUUCAGCAGGGACAGCCGGAGCAGCGGGGCCCCUGGUGCAGGCCUCUGCCUGUUCCCGCUGGAGGAUAUCCAUGCCAAGAUGGAGGCCAACCGCAAUGCCUGUUACACAGGUACCCGGGAAGCAGCCCGCGACGUCUUCUAUAAGCCCUUCCAUGGCGAGAUUCAGUGUGGGAGCCACAUGCCGGGUGCCAGUGAGAGCUUCCCGUGUGGCUCGGAGCACCUGCCCUACCCACUGGGCAGCCGUGAUGGACUCAUAGCCAAAACCGUGCUGCAGCGUGGAGGUCUGAAUCUGACGGCCGUGACAGUGACUGCUGAGAAUGGCCACACUGUUGCUUUUCUGGGCACCUCUGAUGGUCGAAUCCUCAAGGUAUACCUUGCACCAGAUGGCACCUCCUCACAGUAUGGCUCUAUCCCCGUGGAGAUCAACAAGAGAGUCAAGCAGGACCUAGUAUUGUCGGGAGACCUAGCCAGUCUGUAUGCCAUGACCCAGGACAAGGUGUUCCGGUUCCCAGUGCAGGAGUGUCUGAGCUACACAACCUGUGUGCAGUGCCGUGACUCCCAGGACCCCUACUGUGGCUGGUGUGUACUCGAAGGACGGUGCACCAGGAGGGCGGAGUGCCCACGGGCUGAGGAGACCAGCCACUGGUUGUGGAGCCGGAACAGGUCCUGUGUGGUGGUCACUGGUGCUGAGCCACAGAAUAUGAGCCGGCGGGCCCAGGGGGAGGUGCAGCUGACCGUCAGCCCGCUUCCUGCUCUGAGUGAAGAGGAUGAGCUGCUCUGCUUCUUUGGCAAGUCAUCACCACAUGUUGCACGUGUGGAUGGGGACACUGUUUUCUGCAAUUCACCAAGCAAUAUCCCCAGCACUCCGCCAGGCCAGGACCAUGUGGUCGUGGACAUUCAGCUGUUCUUCAAACGUGGCACGAUCUUCCUCACCUCCCACUCAUAUCCCUUCUACGACUGCCGCAAGGCGAUGAGCCUGGAAGAGAACCUGCCGUGCAUCUCCUGUGCAAGCAACCACUGGACCUGCCAGUGGGACCUCCGCUACCAUGAGUGUCGGGAGGCCUCACCCAACCCUGAGGACGGCAUUGUCCGUGCCCACAUGGAGGACAACUGCCCUCAGUUCCUAGAUCCCAGCCCAGUGGUCAUCCCCAUGAACCAUGAGACAGAUGUGACCUUCCAGGGCAAGAAUCUGGACACAGUGAAGGGCUCCUUCCUAUACGUGGGCAGUGACCUCCUCAAGUUUGAGGAACCAGUGACCAUGCAGGAGUCAGGAACCUUUGUCUUUCGGACCCCAAAGCUGUCCCAUGAUGCCAAUGAAACGCUGCCACUGAAGCUAUAUGUCAAGUCCUACAAGAACAUUGACAGCAAACUCAAAGUGACCCUCUACAACUGCUCCUUUGGUCGCAGCGACUGCAGCCUGUGCCUGGCCGCCGACCCCACCUACAACUGCGUGUGGUGUCGAGGCCAGAGCAGGUGUGUAUACAAGGCUCUGUGCACAAAUGCCACCUCUGAGUGCCCACCGCCAGUCAUCACCAGGAUCCAGCCUGAGACAGGCCCACUGGGCGGGGGCAUCCACGUUACCAUCCGUGGGUCAAAUUUGGGUGUCAAGGCUGACAAUGUCAAGAGGAUCACUGUGGCUGGCCAGAACUGUGCCUUUGAGCCAGAGCACUACUCCGUGUCAACACGGAUCGUGUGUGUGGUUGAGGCCGCAGAGGCGCCCCUCACCGGGGGUGUUGAGGUGGACAUCAACGGGAAAGUUGGCCGUUCUCCACUCAGUGUCCAGUUCACCUACCAACAGCCACAACCAUUCAGCGUGGAGCCAAAGCAGGGACCACAGGCUGGCGGCACCACACUGACAAUCAACGGCACCCACCUGGACACAGGCUCUAAGGAAGAUGUGCGCGUGACCCUCAGUGGCGUCCCUUGUAAAGUGACAGAGUUCGGUGCGCAGCUGCAGUGCAUCACUGGUCCCCAGGCAGCUGUGGGCAAGGUGCCCCUUGAGAUCUCCUACGGAGGCUCCCCCGUGCCCAGCCCUGGCAUCUCCUUUGCCUACUGCGAGAACCCUGUCCUGGGAACCUUCCAGCCACUGCGCAGCUUCGCCAGUGGUGGCCGGAACAUCACCGUCACUGGUCAGGGCUUUAGCCUGAUCCAGAGGUUCGCCAUGGUGGUCAUCGCUGAGCCCCUACAGUCCUGGCAGCAGCAGCAAGAGGCUGAACCCCUGCAGCCCAUGACGGUCAUGGGCACCGAGUAUGUGUUCCACAACGACUCCAAAGUUGUCUUCCUGUCCCCGGCUGUCCCUGAGGAGCCAGAAGCCUACAACCUCACAGCUCUGAUUCAGAUGGAUGGGCACAGGGCCCUGCUCAGGACUGAGGCUGGCACCUUCGAGUAUGUGCCUGAUCCCACUUUUGAGAACUUCACGGGUGGCGUGAAGAAGCAGGUCAACAAGCUGAUCCAUGCCCGGGGCACCAACCUGAACAAGGCAAUGACACUGCAGGAGGCUGAGGCCUUCGUGGGGGCCGAGCGCUGCAUCAUGAAGACGCUGACUGAGACCGACCUGUACUGUGAGCCCCCUGAGGUGCAGCCCCCACCUAAGCGGCGGCAGAAGCGCGACACAACACACAACCUGCCAGAGUUCAUUGUGAAGUUCGGCUCUCGCGAGUGGGUGCUGGGCCGUGUGGAGUAUGACAUGCGUGUGAGUGACGUGCCCCUCAGCCUCAUCCUGCCUCUGGUCAUCGUGCCCAUGGUAGUCGUCAUCGUGGUGUCAGUCUACUGCUACUGGAGGAAGAGCCAGCAGGCUGAGCGCGAGUAUGAGAAGAUCAAGUCUCAGCUGGAGGGCUUGGAGGAGAGUGUACGGGACCGUUGCAAGAAGGAGUUCACAGACCUGAUGAUCGAGAUGGAGGACCAGACAAAUGACGUGCACGAGGCAGGCAUCCCUGUCCUGGACUACAAGACCUACACCGACCGCGUCUUCUUCCUGCCCUCCAAAGAUGGCGACAAAGAUGUGAUGAUCACGGGCAAGCUGGACAUCCCUGAGUCACGGCGGCCUGUCGUGGAGCAGGCCCUCUACCAGUUCUCUAAUCUGCUCAACAGCAAGUCCUUCCUCAUCAACUUCAUCCACACUUUGGAGAGCCAGCGGGAAUUCUCAGCCCGAGCCAAGGUCUACUUUGCCUCCCUGCUGACGGUGGCACUGCACGGCAAGCUCGAGUACUACACAGACAUCAUGCGCACACUCUUCCUGGAACUCAUGGAGCAGUACGUGGUGGCCAAGAACCCCAAGCUGAUGCUGCGCAGGUCUGAGACAGUGGUGGAGAGGAUGCUGUCCAACUGGAUGUCCAUCUGCCUCUAUCAGUACCUCAAGGACAGUGCAGGCGAGCCCCUAUACAAGCUCUUCAAGGCCAUCAAACAUCAGGUGGAGAAGGGGCCAGUGGACGCCGUGCAGAAGAAGGCCAAGUACACCCUGAACGACACAGGGCUGCUGGGGGACGACGUGGAGUACACGCCCCUGACAGUGAGUGUAAUCGUCCAGGAUGAAGGCGUUGACGCCAUCCCGGUCAAGGUCCUCAACUGUGACACCAUCUCCCAGGUCAAGGAGAAGGUCAUUGACCAGGUGUACCGCACACAGCCCUGCUCUUGCUGGCCCAAGCCUGACAGUGUGGUCCUUGAGUGGCGACCUGGGUCUACAGCACAGAUUUUGUCUGACCUGGACCUGACCUCUCAGCGGGAUGGCCGAUGGAGGCGCAUCAAUACCCUGAUGCACUACAACGUCCGGGACGGAGCCACCCUGAUCCUGUCCAAGGUGGGGGUCUCCCAGCAGCCAGAGGACAGCCAGCAGGACCUGCCUGGGGAGCGUCAUGCCCUCCUGGAGGAGGAGAACCGUGUGUGGCACUUGGUACGGCCUAUAGACGAGGUAGAUGAGGGCAAGUCCAAGCGUGGCAGUGUGAAAGAGAAGGAACGGACCAAAGCCAUCACUGAGAUCUACCUGACGCGGCUGCUGUCAGUCAAGGGCACGCUGCAACAGUUUGUGGACAACUUCUUCCAGAGUGUGCUGGCGCCUGGGCACGCAGUGCCACCUGCAGUCAAGUACUUCUUUGACUUCCUGGACGAGCAAGCAGAGAAGCAUGACAUCAAAGAUGAGGACACCAUCCACAUCUGGAAGACCAACAGUUUGCCCUUGCGGUUCUGGGUGAACAUCCUCAAGAACCCUCAUUUCAUCUUCGAUGUGCAUGUUCACGAAGUGGUGGAUGCCUCCCUGUCAGUCAUUGCGCAGACCUUCAUGGAUGCCUGCACUCGUACAGAGCACAAGCUGAGCCGCGACUCACCCAGCAACAAGCUGCUGUAUGCCAAGGAGAUCUCCACCUACAAGAAGAUGGUAGAGGAUUACUACAAGGGGAUCCGGCAGAUGGUGCAGGUCAGCGACCAGGACAUGAACACACACUUGGCAGAGAUUUCCCGGGCGCACACUGACUCCCUGAACACACUCGUGGCACUGCACCAGCUCUACCAGUACACGCAGAAGUACUAUGAUGAGAUCAUCAAUGCCUUGGAGGAGGACCCUGCUGCCCAGAAGAUGCAGCUGGCCUUCCGCCUGCAGCAGAUUGCAGCAGCUCUUGAGAACAAGGUCACUGACCUCUGAUCACCAACCUCCCACACUGCCUCGGGCACAGGUGCGUGACGCCCACCUGUGCUGGGAUUGAGCAAUGCCUCUGGAUGAGGGCGCAUGGCCUGUGGCUGAGCACUCCUCUCUCCCCAGCAGAGGAUGUGCCUAGUAUCUGGAGUAGGGGAAGUGGGGACCCACCCAGUGCUGUAUCCUGUAGCAUCUCUCCUGAGCAAUAUCGCCAGGCGCCCACACCAGCACCAGCUCCCUCGGGGGAACCAGCAGCGGGUGUUCUGAGUUGAGUCUUCUGAGUGAUUUGCAAACGUGCCUUAUAAUGCCACACUGGGGCAAAUGGGCCUCAGCCUCCCCACACACACCAGCAGCCGCCUCAGAUAUCCUGGACUUGGCCUCUGGGUGGGGUCUGAGUAUCUGCGGACCCCAG